GGGAGAGCGUGAGCGCGCGCAAGCUAGCGAGCAAACCAGAGAGACGAGAGAGGGACCAGGAGAAAGACCCAGAGAGAGAGAAGAGGAAACCGAGAUCAGUGAGGACUCAGCCUCCAACUUGUUUCAAUUCAUUCAUCCAUCUCUUCUCUCUGCUUCGGGGAAGUGAUUGUGGCGCUCGGUCUCUCCAAAUUGGUACCUAAAAAGAUGAUAGUCACACAAAGGAGUCACUUCUACACAGCCAGCCUUGGGAUUCUUUUCCUGAUUAAUAUUUUUCCUGGAACAACUGGCCAAGGAGAAUCAAGACGACAAGAACCUGGGGACUUUGUGAAGCAGGAUAUUGGCGGACUCUCUCCUAAGCAUGCCCCAGAUAUUCCUGAUGACAGCACUGACAACAUUACUAUAUUUACCAGAAUCUUAGAUCGUCUUCUAGAUGGCUAUGACAACCGGCUGCGACCUGGGCUCGGAGAUGCAGUGACUGAAGUGAAGACUGACAUCUAUGUGACCAGUUUUGGCCCUGUAUCCGACACUGACAUGGAAUACACCAUUGAUGUAUUUUUUCGACAGACAUGGCACGAUGAAAGACUUAAAUUUGAUGGACCCAUGAAGAUCCUUCCACUGAACAAUCUCCUGGCUAGCAAGAUCUGGACCCCUGACACCUUCUUUCAUAAUGGCAAGAAAUCAGUAGCCCAUAACAUGACCACACCUAACAAGCUGCUCAGACUGGUGGACAAUGGAACCCUACUCUAUACAAUGAGGUUAACAAUCCAUGCUGAGUGCCCCAUGCAUUUGGAAGAUUUUCCUAUGGACGUACAUGCCUGCCCACUCAAGUUUGGAAGCUAUGCCUAUACAACAGCUGAAGUGGUUUAUUCUUGGACUCUUGGGAAGAACAAAUCUGUGGAAGUAGCACAGGAUGGCUCCCGCCUGAAUCAGUAUGACCUGCUGGGUCAUGUUGUUGGGACAGAGAUAAUCCGGUCUAGUACAGGAGAAUAUGUCGUCAUGACAACCCACUUCCAUCUCAAGCGAAAAAUUGGCUACUUUGUGAUCCAGACCUACUUGCCAUGUAUCAUGACUGUCAUUCUGUCACAAGUGUCUUUCUGGCUCAACAGAGAGUCUGUCCCUGCCCGCACGGUCUUUGGUGUCACUACUGUUCUCACCAUGACCACCUUGAGUAUCAGUGCCAGAAACUCCUUACCUAAAGUGGCAUACGCGACGGCCAUGGAUUGGUUCAUAGCCGUCUGUUAUGCCUUUGUAUUUUCUGCGCUGAUUGAAUUUGCCACUGUUAACUACUUCACCAAGCGGAGCUGGGCUUGGGAAGGCAAGAAGGUGCCAGAGGCCCUGGAGAUGAAGAAGAAAACACCAGCAGCCCCAACAAAGAAAACCAGCACCACCUUCAACAUCGUGGGAACCACCUAUCCCAUCAACCUGGCUAAGGACACUGAGUUCUCCACCAUCUCCAAGGGCGCUGCUCCCAGUGCCUCCUCAACCCCGACAAUUAUUGCUUCACCCAAGACCACCUACGUGCAGGACAUCCCAACUGAGACCAAGACCUACAACAGUGUCAGCAAGGUUGACAAAAUUUCCCGCAUCAUCUUUCCUGUGCUCUUUGCCAUUUUUAAUCUAGUCUAUUGGGCCACCUAUGUCAACCGGGAGUCAGCUAUCAAGGGCAUGAUCCGCAAACAAUAGAUAGUGGUGAUGCAGCAACCAGAGCACUGUAUACCCUAGGAAGCAUCCAAACACCCAAACCCCAGGGCUCCCCUUUCUGUGUUUCGGGAUUCUUUUUAACUCUCUACCAAGCUGUGACUCUCAAUUCAUAUUAAUGAAUCUCAAUGAAAAAAAAUAAUAACAGAUAAAUUAUUUGUCCCUUUGACAUUGCUGAGUAUACCCCCAUCAGAGCCAAACACUGCCAUUUGUUCAGUUGCUCAUCUUAGUCUGCCAGUCUCCCCCAGAUGAGGGUACUGCAUGUAUUUUAUUGCACUCUGCCCACUGCAAAAAGGAGACUCUAUUACCUGUAGUGGCAGCCUUGGCUAUUUAAGUGGUCCAGACAAAAGAUUGUUGACUGGUCCAGAUCAGAUGAUCUGACUCCUGAGGGAGCCAGGCUAUCCUUGUGGUCCUAGCCUGCCAUCUCCCCUGCCUACACCAGGGCCCACUAGGCAAAAGUACUGAUAGCAAAGGCAGGAGGAGCCAGUGCUAACCUCUAAACAUGGCUCCAUCCUUUUUUAUUGGCUUGGAGGUUAGUGGGGACAGUUGAGGCUUACCACUGUUAAUGAUAGUUAGGCAAAACAGAAUCAACUAGGCCAGCCUGACCUAAAGAUGUCUGAUGCCCUGCCAAGUUAAGCCCUUCAGGAAAAUAAUACCCUCUUUGGUAUAUCUCUCUUUUAGGGAAGCUCCCUUAAGUCCUUUAACCCUCCCCCACCCCUUUGUAGCCAGCUGGACACUGCUUAGUUUGGACUCAUUACUGCCUGAAAACUCUUCAGGAAAAGGAUCAAGUAUUUUUGUAAUUUAUACUAAAAAGGGACAAACAGAAACAAAAAGAUCUAGAUCAAAUGCCUAUAUAAUAUUUUUUUUAGAGAGGAAAGUCACCUCCCUGCCAAAGCAACUAGUCAAGAGAUUUGAUCUGAGUGGUAGACGUUUCAAGUCUGGCUCAAAGGAGAGAGCCACUGGCAGGUGAAAGUCAAAUUCCUCCUUCCAUGCCCUCCACACCCCAAAUGCUAGCACAGGCCUAAGAACUUUACUCUAACUUUGUCAGGAAACUCUGGUUCUCUGUUGAUGCCAAUUCUUAGAGGGGUGAAUUGAACUCUAGUUGGUUUUUGAGUCAAGUAAAUUAUUAUUAUCAGGUUGAUAAUAUAUUAUUUAGGGGCCAUUUGAUCUCAUUUGUUCUUAAAGUUUUUAUAAGGUAAAUACACGGAGUCUCAGAUGUUUAAAGGACUUGCCUAGGCUCCUCACUCCUGUCUGUAAUAGGGAACUAUCAUGAGUCCUGUUCCAAAGGCCAAAAUGAGGACAGGACUGAGAAGCCAGGUCCACUUGACCUCUGAAUCAGCUCAAUGUCAACAGUCCCACUGAGUCCUGAAUGCAGUUUGAUUGGACACCAAAAAGAUUUGUAAAGAAGUCACAAUGUGUCAUCCAAGGAAACCACUUCCAAUGGUCACAGCUCAAUGGAAUGACAUUGUUUAAUAUGGUAGCCCCAGCCGCUAGUCCAGAAUAUCCUAGAAGCCCAAAGUAAAGCCAGAAAUGGCACUAAAAGCAGACUCUCCUUGCCCACUCCCUAAACAAAGCUCCUAAGGGGUUUAUCAUUAGCCGUUGGUUGCCUUUGCACCCAUCUUUCCCCCAUCCCCUGCUUCCUUGCCAUUGCUGGGAUACUGCAUGCUUGUCCCAUUAUUCCUAACAGUGUGUCUGUAAGCAAAUUCAUGACUAGAAGGGUGUAGUGUUGUGGAUAUAUGGGGACAGCGGGGUGGGGGGUGGGGUGGGUAGGGCUGUUAAUGAUCGUCUUAAGGAGUUUAGAGUGAAAGCCUGACCUUUUCCUUUCUGUAGAAAUUGUGUUCCCAAAUGCUUUGGUGCAAUGUUUAGUGGCUGUUUAUUAAACUUCUGAAUUGUAUU